AUGGUCACCGUCACUUCAGUUGUGUUAGCGUGUAACUACGGCUUCGACUACUGGGGGAAAGGAACCCAGGUCACCGUUACUUCAGCUACCCAGGAAACACCUUCCGUGUUCCCUCUGCUGUCCUGCUGUGACUCCAGCAUCAGGGAGCAGAAGGGGAGCGUUACCUUUGGCUGUUUGCUUGCUGGAUCAUCCACAAGGACUUCAAAAAUCAUAUGGCAACCUGACGAGCCAGGAAAAAAGGAAUUCCCGGAAGCACAAGAGCAAGGAAAUCGGUGGUUCAGCACCAGUCGGCUCACAGUCCCAUUCUCGACCUUCCAAACAACGCCUUACACCUGCACUGUACAGCAGUCCAAUGGAGGCGCACAGAAUGAUGGCCUUUUGGCCACCAUCGAUUCCAAGCAAUGCAAUUGGGCACCCCCAAAGCCUGUCCAAGUUCAGAUCUUAACCCCCGACUGUGAUGCACAGGCCACAGACUCCAUCCUGAAGCUGGUUUGCGUCCUUCAGAGCCUUGGCCCUGGAAAAGCCAGCGUGGAAUGGCUGAAGAAUGGACAAGCAGAGCCAGAGAAAGUAGAGGUGACGUUGGCCACUGGCAAGGACAAGAGCGGUGGUUACUUCAGCUUUGUCCAACGGAACAUCAACAAAGACAGCUGGGACAAAGGGGACCUCUACACCUGUAAAGUGACUCGUUCACUGAAUGUGACCACGCAGAACACCAGCAAGUGCCAAGCCUGCUACAGUUCAAUGCGUCAACGUGCCGUCUUCAUCACCAAGCCAUCCUACAGAGAGCUGCUUGAGAGGACAGCAACCGUCACCUGCACUGUGGUUGGUCCCAGCCUCAAAAACACCCAAAUAACCUGGCAGGUGGAUGGCAGGCCCAGCACUGGUGGUCAGAAGAGCACAGUCAAGACAGAUGCCAAUGGCAAUCAGAACGUGAUAGCUAUCCACCCGGUAUCUUUGGAGCAAUGGAAGAAGGGGACCAAAAUCGCUUGCAAAGUGGCCGGAGAUUGCUAUGAAGAAGACACCAAAGAAGUCACAAUCCAAAAGGACCCACGAUCCACAAAGCCUUCCAUUGCCAUUUCUCGAGCUAACCUCGCCCCCUCACCCAAGAGCCCCAUGGCCCUGAUUCUCCUCUGUGAUGUGAGUGGUUUUUCCCCCAUGGAAAUUAGCAUCUCUUGGAAGAAGGAUAACAUCCCCUUGAACGAAAAGCUGUUUGAGAAUGGGAAUGCGACACCAGCCGGGGAUGUGUACUCUACUUACAGCAUCCUGAAAAUUGGCCGAGAUGAACCACGGCCAAAGGCGGGCAGCUACAGUUGUGUGGUCCACCAUUCCUCAUCUGAAGAGCCCAUCACUGCCAGUGAAGAUGUACCCAUUGAUCCCUUUGAGUCUAAAGCACCUACCGUGGAACUCCUGCAAUCAGUAGAUCGGAAGAAGAAAACCAUGAUGCUAAAAUGCAUUGCGUCAAACUACAGACCCAGAAGUGUUACCAUCCAGUGGAACGGCGGCUCGCAAAACAAGAAUGAAGUAUUCACGGAAGAAAAAAUGGUGGAUGGAACGUACAGGGCCAGCGGGCUCUUUGUGAUCCCCCUCGCUCAAUGGCAAGAAGCGGAGCACUCUUGUGUGGUGGUGCAUAAGGAAACAAAUUCACGUGAGGUCAAGACCAUCUCCCGAAAAGACCUAAGAAAGAAUAGUAGUAUCACUUUGCUCUGUUCCAUCUAUGGCUACUCCCUGGAGAACAUCAAAGUCAUCUGGAACGGUGGUGGGAAGACUCAAAAGGUCCAAAAGCAAGACACCCAGCGUAAUGGUGACCAAUUCUACACCACCAGCAAUCUGUCAGUGCCUCUACAGGAGUGGAACAAGUUACAUGAGUACAGCUGCGAAGUGACCCAACCUGGAACAAACAACACCCAGAUAAGCAAAAUCAGCAAGUGCACAGCAUGUAAAGACAGCAUCCCCAAACCCAGCCUUUACCUCGUGAAGCCACCUCUCAAGGGACUACUCCUGCAAAGGACAGCAGUCUUGACUUGCCUUGUGGUGGGAUAUCAGCUGGACCAUGCCAAACUCACCUGGAUGGUGAAUGACCUUAACCGCACCAAGGAUGCCAAAACUCUAAACAUCGUGACCCAUGAAAACCAAACCCAGAGUUUACAAAGCCAGUUGAACAUCACUGGGCAGGACUGGGAUUCUGGAAGCGAAGUCCAGUGCGUGAUUUCUCAUUCCUGCUCAUUCUUUCCAAAGCUGAAGCAGAGCAUCAAAACAAACAAAGAUUCCAAGCACAUUAAAGCACCAUCUCUCUCCUUGGUCAUCCCAUCACCAACCCAGUUGAUGCAACCAACCAUCCAAGCUGUAGCUUGGUUGGCGUGUGAGAUCUCUGGAUUUUCCCCAGCCGAAAUACUUGUCAGCUGGAAGAAGGACAACAGCAGCAUUGCUAGCUCUGAAUAUAUCACAGGGCCUCCAAUAGCUGAUGCUGGAAGCUACACCUUUACCACCCAAAGCAUCCUGAAAGUCCCAGCCUCUGAAUGGGAAAGCAGAGCCCUCUAUACCUGUGAGGUAGGGCAUGAGUCCUUAACAGUCAUGGAGAACAUCAGUAGAAAGUUGAAUGGAAUGGUCCCAUCACUUAACAAUAAGACAGCUAUCGAUAUGCAAUCGCCGCCUUUCGAAGAGCUCUUCCUAAACAAAAGUGCAGCUCUAACCUGCAAGAUGCCUCUUGUGAAUGCCAACGCCCUUUCAACAGUCAGUUGGACAAUGGACGGAGAGCCUGCCAACGUGAAUGCUGUGACUACCACGCGCUUAUCAGAAAACGACAGCAUUCCUUGGAUCUACAGCCAACUCUGGGUGAAUCUGACUGAAUGGAAAGCCAGUGCCAAGUUCACCUGUAGCAUCCUUAGCAACCAAGGAGAAAUUAAAGCAGACUUUGACCGAAGGAAUGGCACUAUGAAGCUCCCCAAAGUCCACCUCCAGCGCCAGUCCUCCAAUGAAGACCAAAAUGUAACCUUGGUGUGCGUAGCCAGAGACUUCUACCCUGAAGAAAUCUUUCUGAAGUGGGAGGAGGCGAACGAAGAGAUAUCAGCUAAGAGUUAUGAAGCCCAUGAUUUGAAUUGUGAUCAUGAAAGUCAAAGGUGUUCCUUAGUGAGCAUCCUUGAAGUCCCCAUAAGCAAGUGGAUGAUGGGAGUCUCCUAUACAUGCCUGGUAGCCCAUAUCUCCUCUGAAAACAUCAUAACUAGAAGAACCAGUUCCUUUUCUGAUUCCUGGGAUUGCGCCGUCAUGGGUUUUGCCCUGUGCGACAUUCGCAAUGAAAAAGAAUAUGAAUACAGUGAACUGGAGGAUGCCAAUGGCGUUUGGAACAAAGUCUCCACUUUCAUGGUUCUCUUCGUUGUUGCACUCUUCUAUGGGGGCCUUGUCACUUUCAUCAAGGUAAAAAGGGGAGGGAGGCGGAAGCCAAAUCCUGGCAGCACCACACAAGUGUGGAAAACACCGGCCUUCUGGCUACUCACCCGUCAUUUCAUUCCAUCUGUCCCUUUUGUUAUUUGUCCUUCCACUGAAUGA